GACCACAUUCCAAGUAAGACGUGUGGACGCGAUGACGCACUUACGCUCGGCCGGAGGAGGAAGCGACUGCUGGGAAUGGAGGAGUGUCCGGCCAAGCUGGUCGUGUUACACAUUGUGGUGGUCGGCUUCCACCACAAGAAGGGCUGUCAGGUUGAAUUUUCAUACCCACCAUUGGUUUCUGAAGAAGGACAUGAGGGUCACAGCUUACCUGAGGAAUGGAAAUACCUUCCAUUUCUUGCUUUGCCAGAUGGAGCACAUAAUUACCAGGAGGAUACAAUUUACUUCCAUUUGCCUCCAAGGAGUGGGAAUGAAAAGACAGUUUAUGGUGUUUCCUGCUACCGCCAGAUCGAUGCCAAGAUCCUGAAGGUUCGUCAAGCAGAUGUCACAAGAGAAACUGUCCAAAAGAGUGUCUGUGUGCUCAGUAGGCUGCCGCUCUAUGGGUUGCUCCAAGCCAAACUGGAACUCAUCACACAUGCUUAUUUUGAGGAAAAAGAUUUUUCACAGAUUUCUAUCUUAAAGGAACUCUAUGAACACAUGAACAACUCUUUAGGAGGAAAUGCAUUAGAAGGAUCUCAGGCUUAUUUGAGUCUAUCUCCUCGUGACCUGGUUCUCCAUUUCAGGCAUAAGAUAAUAAUUCUCUUCAAAAUGAUUCUUUUAGAGAGAAAGGUACUGUUUUACUUGUCACCAGUGAACCGUCUGGUUGGAACUCUGAUGACUGUACUGUCACUUUUUCCAGGAAUGAUAGAACAUGGUUUAGCAGAUUCAUCACAAUAUAAACCGCGCAAGAGCACUUCCGAAGAUGUUUUCCAGGAACAUGGUCUAAAUACUGAAGAAUUUGUUUCCAUUUCAGUGUCAGAUGUUGCUGGAGUUACUUCAGAAUUUGGUUUAGAAGCAAAAUAUUCAGCAGGCGAUGAUCAGACAAAUGUUCCAGCGAAGUUGGUAACCUUUUCAGAUGUACAAAGGUCUGAACAAGGGGAUGAUAGAUUGCAGCUGCAAUUACCACCUCCAGCACAUAUUUCACCUAACUCAUCCGAAAGUGAUUGGGAAACUUUGGACACAAGCAUUCUUGACACAGACAGUGGGACAAAGGAAGAGAGACUGAAUGAUAAGAACAACCAAAAAGAAGUUUUUAUCUCGGAUCCUAUGGUUUCGCAGUCUUUGCCAAUCACUGUGCAACCACAAGCAAAUACAGUUGAGGCUGUGAUAGCACCAGGUCUAAUAUCUGGUCUCAAGGAAGACCAGUAUGGAAUGCCCUUAGCUAUCUUUACAAAGGGUUAUCUUUGUUUACCAUAUAUGGCUUUGCAGCAGCAUCACCUUCUCUCUGAUGUCUCUGUGCGUGGAUUUGUUGCUGGGGCAACAAAUAUCCUUUUCCGACAGCAGAAACACUUGACUGAUGCAGUUAUUGAUAUUGAGGAAUCUGCCAUACAAAUACAUGAUUCAGAGUUACGCAAAGUAUUACACCUCACCACAGCAGACUUGCGUUUCGCAGACUUUCUGGUGAAGCAUGUAACUGAAAAUAGGGAUGAUGUGUUUCUCGAUGGGACAGGUUGGGAAGGAGGAGAUGAGUGGAUCCGGGCGCAGUUUUCACUCUAUAUUCAUUCCCUUCUUGCUGCUACUUUGCAGCCAGAUAAUGAAAGAAUGUUGGCAGACUAUGGCCUCCCGUUCGUCACUGCCUGGAGGAAUACACACAACUUCAGAGUGUGGUACAGCAACAAAUACCCUACUAUAACUCAAGUUCAUCCUGGCCAUCCAUUCCAGGGGCAGUACAAUGUAUCGGAUGUCAAAUUAAGAUUGUCACAUUCUGUGCAGAACAGUGAACGUGGGAAGAAGCUGGGAAAUGCAAUGAUUUCCACGAGUCGCAGUGUGAUGCAGACAGGAAAGGCAGUCAGUCAAUCUGUAGGAGGAGCACUCACAAGUGCCAAGUCUGCCAUGAGUUCUUGGUUUUCCACAUUCAACCAACAAUCUCCUGGACCCUUCUUCGAGAAGCAAACAGGGAAACACUGAGCACAUCAGGUGCAAGGAUUACUGCAUGUAUUGCACAUUCCAAUAUUAUUCUGCAGGGAGUUGGAACCCAUUAAUAACCAGGACUUUUAAUGAUAAAUCGCAAUGUACAUUCCCCUUUUCCAGUGCAGGUAACAGAUCAGAUCAAUUUUGCAUAUAGCUUCAGUUUGAGACCAAUGGUGUUUCCAUUAUUAGAUACUUGUUGGUUUAUGUAGUAUGUGUACUUUGGCCAAUCUUCACUGAGUUAUCUUCCUUAUUUUACAUCAACACAGCAGAGGCUGUAGAUAAAUAAUAAUGUUUGCCUGUUUGGGAUUAACUGUCAAAUAUAUUUUCAUGAUUUAAAAAAAUUUUCCUUGAAUCAUAAGGAUGCUCUCGUAAACAUAAUCACUACCAUAAUUAAAACCAUUUCUGUUCUUAUUGAUUCUACCAAAGAGAUGCUGUGGAGUGUCCAUGUAGGACAGGGGUCCUUGGCAUAAAAAAGGUUGGGAACCCCUGGUGUACAAUCUAUCGAGUAGCUGGGAUAUAAAUUUUUAAUCUUUUGAAUUUUAAGCAAUUCAGAUAUUGUAGAGCUUGUCUGCAGAACAACCCUGCUUCCAAUUUAAAUUGUAUUUAAAUAAAAAGAAACUGUUCUGGG